AUGCGCGACCCCUCAUGUCAGCGGGGUUCCAUUAUAGACGAGAAGGGGUCGUUUGAACGCGAAUGGGCGAGGGCGACAAAGGGAAGCCUCCGCCGUGGCGCGCUUCAUCCUGCCAACUCUGACUGGGCUCCCGCAGAGGCCGUCUCUCACGCCCCCCAACGUGACACGACCGCAGGUCUUUGUGGCGUGCCGUGGCCGUGUCUCGACGCAAUGAUUCAGCCCACGGAUGCCGGCGUUGAUGCUGCAGGUGGUCAGGCCAAAAUACAGGGCACCCCUAAUAGCAGAGACGUUGACGGUACCAUGGACAGCGGACAGGUUUGCCUGCCGCUGAUAGCCCCCCCGUUGAUAUUCAUUACCAUGUCUCUGUUAUGGGCUGCAAGAGGCACAGCGUUACAAAUCACCCUUCUCUUCUUUGCAAGCUUGCGGCGGGCCUUCUCGUUUACUGGUAGUUACGGGUCAUCACUCACCCCCCGCUCGCUGCUCGCUAGCUUGUCGGGCUCCAAGCACAUAUCCAUGCGUCCCACGAAGCGGCUCCCCACUGGCGCCACGACAAGAGGUCGGUUAAAGUGCCAGACGGGACCAAUAUCAUCCGCCGGCUGUUACGAACAACAAAGAGUCAUUUCGGACCAAUCCCCACAAACAGCUGGCUUCCAGCGCACCCUUCGCUUGGCUCGUUUCUGGAAUUCCCUCGAUGCUUCUGUUACCGAUCCCUCGUCCUGGCUGACUCGGUGUGUUGCAAUUGUCAUGCAGGCCGUGCCAAACGGAAGAUUGCCCAGCGAUGCAGGAGGGUGUUUUCCUGUGACAUCAACGUUGGGCGUCACACCGGUCACGAUUCAAAGCCUCAUCUUGACGAAAAUGGCAACCACCGCUAGUCUCGGCUUAGCCAUCAUCGCCACACCAGAUUCCACAUCAGGCGAAAACCGCCCACAGCGCCUCUUGACGCCAGCAUCUCUUGACAGCCCCUGCCAAGAGACACAAACGAUAUCUUCAACCAAUUCCGGCUCGCUCAUAGGGAUCACCAUCACCAAUAGUGGCGCAUUCAAUGGACAAAAAGCCGUGGGAUAA